AUGGUUAUGCUUCUAGGAGAGAUUUCCAGCAAAUCUCACGUUGACUAUCAAAGUUUGGUACGACGUGUGGUACAAAAAAUCGGCUAUGACGAUAGUUCAAAAGGAUUUGAUUAUAAAACAUGCAAUGUGCUGAUUGCCUUGGAACAUCAAGCACCAGAAAUUGCGGCUGGUGUUCAUAUGAACCGGAAAGCAGAGGAUGUAGGUGCCGGAGACCAGGGUCUGAUGUUUGGUUAUGCAACGGAUGAGACAGACGAAUGCAUGCCGUUGACUUUAUUGCUAGCACACAAACUGAACGAACGACUGCACGAACUGCGGCGGAAAAAGGUGUUAUGGUGGGCUCGUCCUGAUUCGAAGACGCAAGUAACGGUGAAGUACAGAAUCGACCAUGGCGCCUGUGUGCCGAUCCACGUUCAGUCCGUAGUAAUGUCUGCGCAGCACAGUCCAGAUAUACCAUUGGACCAAGUUCGGCAGCAGCUGUUAGAACAGGUAGUGUUGCCUGUAAUUCCAGAGAAGUACCUGGACGACAGAACUGUGUUCCACAUGAAUCCAUGCGGUUCGUUCGUCUUCGGUGGCCCGCUCGGUGACGCUGGACUUACCGGUCGUAAGAUAAUCGUCGACACGUAUGGUGGAUGGGGGGCGCACGGUGGCGGCGCCUUUUCUGGUAAAGACCCUACUAAGGUCGACCGAUCUGCCGCUUACGCAGCUCGAUGGAUUGCCAAGUCGCUAGUCAGUGCUAAAUUGUGCCGCAGGUGCCUUGUUCAGGUUUCGUACGCAAUCGGAAUAGCGGAGCCGAUUAGUUUGGCGGUCUUUUCUUAUGGCACUUCGCCGCUGUCAGGAACGGAACUGGUCGAAAUCGUAAAGGCGAACUUUGACCUUCGGCCUGGGAUGAUAAUCAGGGAUCUGAACCUUCUGCGUCCAAUUUACGAAAAGACGGCCGAGAAUGGACAUUUUGGCCACAACGAAUUCACCUGGGAACAACCGAAAGAGUUGGUUUACCCGUCGGCGAUCAAAGAGAAAAUAAAGCCUUUACGGUCGGCGUACUAUUCUACACAUUAA